UUUUGCUGGGGUUGGGCACACACAGUGCGUCGCGUGAAAAAGGCUUUUGAAUUCCACGGGCGAAUCGAAGAAAGGCGGCGGCAAACCACGCCACGGUAAAAGGACGCAAAGCAAUAGCGCACCAUUGACCACGCCGCUGUGGCGCUGUCGUCGGCGGCUGGACAAACGCGGCACCAUUAACCACCAGCGCCGUCGCCAUCGUCGGCAUCGAGACGGCGAGUUUCCUCGUCAGCCGCCGGCCGGCCGGCCGGCUGCCCCACUUCAUUUGUGGUGCUGCUGACCACGUCCAAAGGUUAAAACUCCAGCAGCGGCUGCGCCCUUCCUCGCUUAGCGCAGGUGUAGCUCACCGACCACCAUGUCUGUCGCUCUGCCCACCACCCUCGUCGUCCUCGGCCUCCUCAGCGCGUGCCGCUCCGCCGCGACGACGGACACCCUCUCGCCCGGCCAGGUGCUCGCCGGGGACGCCACGCUGGUGUCCAACAACACCAAGUUCACGCUCGGCUUCUUCAAGGCUCCCGACGGCGCCGCCGCCGGCUCGCCCGACAGGUGGUACCUCGGCAUAUGGUUCACCGCGGUCCCCGACCGGACCACGGUCUGGGUGGCCAACGGCGCGAAUCCAGUCAUCGACGCCGACGCCGGGUCGCCGGAGCUCACGGUCUCCGGCGAAGGCGACCUUGCCGUCGUGAACCAAGCCACCAAGUCGGUGACUUGGUCCGCCCACAACAACACCACCGCCGCCGCCAACACGAGCACCACCACCGCCAUCGCCGUGCUCCUCGACAGCGGCAAUCUCGUCCUCCUCGACGUCUCCAACUCCUCCGCGGCGGCGCCCCGGCGCACGCUGUGGCAGAGCUUCGACCACCCGACCGACACGCUGCUGCCGAGCGCCAAGCUCGGGCUCAGCAAGGCCACGGGCGUGACCACCCGCCUCGUCUCCAGGAGGAGCUCGGCCACGCCGUCCCCGGGGCGGUACUGCUUCGAGGUCGACCCCGGCGCACCCCAGCUCGUGCUCAAGCUCUGCGGCGACUCGUCGUCCUCCGUGUCCGUCGCCUACUGGGCCACCGGCGCGUGGAACGGCAGGUACUUCAGCAACAUCCCGGAGCUGGCCGGCGACGUGCCCAACUUCAGCCUCGCGUUCGUCGACGACGCGACGGAAGAGUACCUCCAGUACAACGUGACCACGGAGGCGACGGUGACGCGCAACUUCGUCGACGUCACCGGCCAGAACAAGCACCAGCUGUGGCUCGGCGCGUCCAAGGGCUGGCUCACGCUCUACGCGGGGCCCAAGGCGCCGUGCGACGUGUACGCCGCCUGCGGACCAUUCACGGUGUGCAGCUACACGGCGGUGGAGCUCUGCAGCUGCAUGAAGGGCUUCUCGGUGAGCUCGCCGGUGGACUGGGAGCAGGGUGACCGGACAGGAGGAUGCGUAAGAGAUGCACCAGUGAAUUGUAGUGCUGGUAGCAGCAAUGGCAGUCGUGCACCGUCUUCAACUGAUGGGUUCUUCUCCAUGCCCGGCAUUAGGUUGCCUGACAACGGGCGUACCUUGCAGAACGUGAGGAGUUCAUCUGAAUGCUCCACGGCGUGUCUGAACAACUGCUCGUGCACUGCGUAUUCCUAUGGUGGCAACCAGGGGUGCCAGGUUUGGCAGGAUGGGCUGCUCGAGGCGAAACAGCCGCAGAGCAAUGGCGGCGGCGACUCUGUUUCUGACGUAGGAACUCUCUAUCUCCGUCUCUCUGCAAGAGAAUUUCAGACAUCCGGAGGAGGAGGUACGAAUCGAGGAGUGAUCAUCGGCGCCGUCACCGGUGCGUGCACUGCUGCCUUGAUUUUGCUGGUGCUGGCAAUAGCAUUGAUCAUCCGGAGGAGGAAGAACACCAAGCAGAACGAUCGAGGAGGUGUCGCCGCCGGUGGUGGGCUCACGGCCUUUUCAUACAGAGAGCUGCGUUCCGCGACUAAGAAUUUCUCUGAGAAGCUCGGGCAAGGCGGCUUCGGCUCCGUCUUCAAGGGGCAGCUGCGGGACUCCACCGCCGUCGCGGUGAAGAGGCUGGACGGGAGCUUCCAGGGGGAGAAGCAGUUCAGAGCCGAAGUGAGCUCCAUCGGCGUCAUCCAGCACGUCAACCUGGUGAGGCUGGUCGGCUUCUGCUGCGAGGGCGAGAGCCGGUUCCUCGUCUACGAGCACAUGCCGAACCGGUCCCUCGACAUCCACCUAUUCCAGAGGAGCGGCGGCGGCGGCGGCGGCGGUGUGUUCCUGGACUGGAGUACCCGGUACCAGAUCGCCGUCGGCGUCGCCAGGGGUUUGUCCUACCUCCACGACGGCUGCCGGGACCGGAUCAUCCACUGCGACGUGAAGCCGGAGAACAUCCUGCUGGGCGCGUCGAUGCUCCCCAAGAUCGCCGACUUCGGGAUGGCCAAGUUCGUCGGGAGGGACUUCAGCCGGGUGCUCACCACGAUCAGGGGCACCAAGGGCUACCUCGCGCCGGAGUGGAUCAGCGGCACGGCCGUCACGCCCAAGGUCGACGUGUACAGCUACGGCAUGGUGCUGCUGGAGAUCGUGUCGGGGAGGAGGAACAGCGCCGCCGGCGAGGAGGACUACCGCACGGCCGGCGGCUCUGAGAACGGCGGCGACGACGCCGGGGAGGAGGAGGAGGAGGAGGUCGCGUUCUUCCCCAUGAAAGCUGCGAGGGAGCUCGUCAAGGGGCCGGGCGUAGUCAGCGUCGGCAAUCUGCUGGAUGACAAGCUCUGCGGCGAUGCGGAUCUCGUGGAGGUGGAGAGGGCCUGCAAGGUGGCGUGCUGGUGCAUCCAGGACGACGAGGCUGACCGGCCGACCAUGGCGGAAGUGGUUCAGGUGCUGGAGGGCGUCUUGGACUGCGACAUGCCACCACUGCCGAGGUUGCUUGCGACCAUCUUUGGGAGGCCACACUCGUCUACAGAACAACAGACAACUUCGGUUUCAGACACGUCAACGUUAGCACCAUUUACUAGUGGUAGUGGAUCACUUAAUUAGUUUAACAGUAUAUUAGUAUAUGCUUCUGCUUUUUCUCCAAAUAACUGUUGUACGGUUGGCCUCAGUAAAAUUACUGUGCACGAAAUUGAAGUUCCA